GAAGCGACGCCAUGUCCAGCGUCGUUCACGCUACUUCCAUUUACUACACUUCACAAUCUCACAUAUAGCGUCAAAUACACGAUGGCUCCGGUCCGACGAUAUCUGAGGAUAUCCAAGUACUCAGUUCUUGAAUGCCGAAUUUAUUUGGAUAACCCUGCAUUGGCCCAAUCAUGGCUUCUGAAUCCUCGAAAUCCAGUAUUACCCAAGGUCAUCGAAAGCAUCCGUCCUUUGGUGCUUCCGAAGCUUCGUGAAGAGAAGGAAAGGAUUAGAAAGAAGAGCAAGAAGAAGAGCAUCAAAGACGUCAUAGUAUCAGACGAGUUUGAGGUCUCCAUCUUCUUGACAGAGACGAGCACGAGACAUUCUCUCCUUUACAAAACCAAACAUUUCAGGGACAGGCUACCACCGAAACUCGAGUCCAACUCCUCUAAACUCAUCGGUGAGACAGAUAGUGUUCCCGUGGACGUUGAAGAUGAAUAUCGUGCACCUGUCUUGCAAGAAGACGAUGAUGAGGUGAGACUCGCCGAUAUUCCUGUUGCCGAAACAACAACACGACGGAGUAAGCGCCAAAGAGGAAUACAGGAUCCGGAGCAAGAUGGCAAUGAUGAGGCAUUUGAAGAUGAUGAAACAGCCUCGGCCAUCGAAAUCGAUUCUGAUACGGAGGCACCCCCACACAAGAGGCACAGGGCGCGGACGAACGACGGCCUUGACGGAAACGAAGACAAGAAGAAACUAGCUAUGGACGUCUCAUAUGAGGGAUUUGCAAUAUACGGACAGGUGCUGUGCCUCGUGGUCAAGAAAAGAGCAAACGCUGCAGCUAGCAGUGGUGGGGGUGGAAAAACCCGGCCAGAAGGCCAGGCGACGAUGGAGAAUUGGAUUUCUUCUACACAAGUGCCUGCUGGGGAGGACAUUCCAUAACCGAGGUAGUCAAAGAGCCUCCUACGCUUAUGC